AUGGGGCGGGUGGAGACGCACUACGAGGUCCUUGGUGUGCCAACUGAUGCAGCUCUAGGGGACAUUAAAAAGGCCUUCAGGCAACUAGUGAAGGUGCACCAUCCUGACAAAAAGUCAGGCGAUCCGAAUGCGAAUCAAGGACGAUAUCUUCAAAUACAGGAAGCGUUCGAGACGCUUAGCGAUUGCCGAGCCAGACAAGACUAUGAUGCGUGGCUGCAUGAGCAAACAGGAAGCCAGAACUCAUGUACCUUUGGCAAAGGUUCUCGGCCUCCGCAAGGAUCCUCCACGGUGGAGCAACGUUUUUUAAGCGGCUUCUUUAAGAGCGAUGGCACUGGCACUGAUUACAGCUGCUCCGAGCCACGCUCGGAUAUUCGGGGCUCAACGCCUGUACCGGUAGGGACUUUACCCUCCUCUAUCACAACGACGUCGACCCCCACUCUGUUCCGCGCAGCCGACGAACCCGAAACAACAGACCUGUUCCGUCGUCUCGAUAGAGCUGACACCACUAUGAGCCAUAGUGAGGGAUUUGAGCAAUGGCUUCGGUCUCGACCUGCAUCUUCCUUAGGCGUUGUGAACGACGAUGUUAUUCUGAGCAAGCAAGGCCCAGCUACUAGACCCCAGGAAAACGCAAUCGUGAAGCACACGUGCAUAUGGCCUGUCACUGCUAUUGUCCGGGAACACGUCCCUGGACGAGGCGAGAAUCGGAGACAAACAAACUGUCAAGGUGGUGACCGUUGUGACACGGAGGACAACAGGGAUGAAAGACCUGAUAAACCGAGGCGAGGAGCUGCGGUACAAGGGGCUGAUGUGUGGAAGUCAUGGCAAAUAAAAGCUAUUAGUAUGAAGCUGAAGGACGAACUCGACUGGGGUGAAGUCCUUGUCCGUGUCCUCCAUGCCGCGGUCCUUCCUUACGAUCUCGUGAUGGCUCGAGAUGGUUUGGACAUUUUGGGUGAGGCCGCGCAAAUGGAGGAUGAACGCCUUGAUGAUUGGCUUCGUCAGGAAGACUCCAACAUAAAUGGUGGUUCUGCUUUGGAAUCGAAGCUAAGCUUCACACAGGAUGUCAUCCUUGGCUGCUCCUGCCUUGCGGAAGUAAUUGAGGCAGGCCCAGGGGUCAAGCUUCUUAGUCCAGGAGACUAUGUCUUCCCCCUCGGAGCUGGCGAGGGCUGCUGGCGAGCCGCGUCGAUUUGGAAGGAACGUAACCUUAUGAAAGUGCCAAAGGACCUUUUCCCUCGCACGGAAGAAACAGCGGUUGCUAAGGAACUCUUUCUUGCCUAUCAUUUGCUCCAGGAGCACGCGAGGACCCUUAAGCCUGGCGACGCCGUCCUAGUCAACAGCGCGGGCUGUCUGGUCGGGCAAAUGCUUGUGCAGUUUUGCCGUUUGUUGGGCCUACGCUGUAUCUGCAUUGUGAAUCAAUACCUUCGAUCUCUCGGUGCAACGGAUGUAUUCGCUCCUCAUGACAACGUCACGAAAUGUCUGAGGAAAACAAGGCAGAGCCUUCCCUUGGUGGCUUUCGAGCUGAGUGGAGGGAGCCUAGGAGGUCUCACCGUCGCCGCAUGGGUUGCACGCGGAGGCAAAGUUGUUCUGGUGCACGCCGCAGGAGAUAUUCCGGCAGUCACUGAGAAAGCAACAAUUCCAUGGACAGAGCUGUUAAGCCGCGACAUUCGUCUUGAGUCGUUCUACCUUACUGGCUGGCUAACGAGUGCUCGCAAUCGACAAAAAAUGAUUUCGGCGCUUGAGAAUAUCGGCGCGCUAGUAAGAGCAGGGAAGCUGGUUGUGGACCUUGCUGACCCACUGGACGUUUCUCCGUAUACAGGGGCCGAAACUGCUGUUGGCGCAAUGCUCGCUGUAUAUAGGGGCACAUCCGGCGAAUACGUCCAGCAGCCGUUGUUGACGUUUGCUUCUUUCGAAAGAGAGCGGCUCCUCUAUGAAGAAGAGCAAGCUAAAGUUAUCCUACAGGAACAACAAACAAGGCGGGCUCGAGAAUUACUUUUCACGGAGAAGGGCAGUCGCUCGUGUGCCAGCGACAAAGCACGACUUUCUGAGUAUCUUAGAGCACACGAAGCCACGUCUCCAGUAGAAGCCAGAGCGGGCGGAGGAGGACUUUCUAUGGUCGAACUGCCACCGGAUCGAAGUCUGGCGGGACACACACCCCGCAGCGACGAGUCUGAGCCAAUCUGCGUCUUCCUUCAUGAUCGAGGAGCAGUACCUGAGGAGUUGAAGAUUCUUUUCCGGCACUACCGCCAACACUUUCGAGAGACGUUCCAAGGCGCGCAUUUCGUCUUCCCAGCUGGACCGUUCGUAUCGUCCAUGUUCCCCGUGGAAGCAGUACUGUGCUUGGGAGCUCCGCUGUUAGAGGAACGUAUCCUUCGCUUCCUCCUCGCACGAGCGGAUAGCCACGCCAGAGAGGUGAAGAUUUUCUUUUUGGUCGGCUCGAAAGACACGGAGUGUCCAGCAUGGGCGCAAGAAGAAUGGAGGACAGCCUUCGAACGCUGCAGGUACUGCGUGACCCGAGAAGCCAUAAUCGAUGGCACCCACGAAACUGACGAUCGCACCCUUGCGCAUGUUGCCGCUGUUUUCUCGGUUCUGAGGCUCACGUAG